CUCCAGCAAGAGAUCACACUGUCGAGCCACCCUCAUUGGUUUCAUCUCCCCCUUCUCUCUCUCCUUUCCGGCGCACAGAGAACUCAAAUGAAGUUGAUUCCCCUAUGUUCAAUUUGAAAGCACUCUCAACAAUUCUCUUCUCAUUUGAAAAUAGCGUAAAGGCCAGCAUCAGCAAUUAUUAUAGUCCGUCUGGCCUUUCUAAUUCUCUCACUCUACUCCUACGCUCUGGUUAUGAACUGGUAUGACAAGUGCAUCAAGUAGAGCUGUAGACAUGGAUUCAUCUCAUGACUACUUGGAAAAAGAUUCCUUUGCCAAGCCAGUAGUAGUGGAUAAUAUAAACAAUUUAGAGGUGCCAAAGAAUAAAAAAUGUCGCCCUAUAAGAUCUUUGCCAUAUAAUGGUCCUCCAGAGCCAUGUAUGGGCAUGGUUUUUGAAGAACUAGAAGAUGCUAUGACCUGGUACAAAGCAUAUGCAAGGCGAUAGGGAUAGGGUUUUAGUAUUCGAAAAAGUCAUACUCGACUCUCUAAUGUUGAUAAGUCACUGAUUGGAGUAGAAUAUGCUUGUUAUCGGAAAGGAUAUCGUCGUCUGAGUUAUCAAAAAAAAUAAUAAAAAAUAAUAAAAAUGUUGUAAGUCGUGAUGUGACUAUGAUUGGAUGCAAAACUAUGAUGAGUUUGAGAAGAAAUGAGGGGAAAUGGGUUGCACAUAAGUUUAUAACUGAGCAUAAUCAUGAAUUAUGGUCUCCAGAAAGUACAUUGUUACUUCGAGGACAGAGAAAAAUAACUCCAGUGCAGAGAAAUCUUAUUGGUGUGCUUAACAAAGUGGGGGUAGCUACUAGAAAAAUAAUGUCAGUAUUGAGCCAAGAAUCUGGUGGUGAUUGUAAUGUAGAUGGUGCUACAAUCGAUGUCCAAAACUACUUGGGACAUAAAAGGACAAAGCUUUCAAAAGAAGGUGAUGCACAAAGAUUGUACAACUACUUCUUAAAGAGGCAGUCACAAAAUCUAGGUUUUGUUUACGCUAUCCAAGUAGAUGAAAAUAACUGUGUGGGAAAUUAUUUUUGGGCAGAUGCGAGGUCAAGGCUAGCAUACCAAUACUUUGGAGAUGUGGUGACAUUUGAUGCUGCAUACUUAACUAAUUGUUAUGGUAUGUCAUUU